AAACACACAGGUAGCUAGCUCGGCGCUCACGUCCUUCUGCUAACACACCGGGACCAGACUUCUGGCCUAAACAUGUUUUUGUCCGCUGCUGUUCGCUCUGCUGUGUCGCACACGGCCAGGCAGGUCAGGGGUCUGCAUCGCUCUGCUGUUCGUUCUGGAGCUGGAGGCAUCUUUGUGCACAGAGAUACUCAAGACAACAAUCCUGAAACUCCUUUUGAGUUCACGGAGGAAAACAAAAAGAGAAUCCAGGUGAUCCUUUCGAUGUAUCCUGAAGGACACAAACAAGCAGCCACCAUCCCCGUCUUGGAUUUGGCCCAGAGGCAGCACGGAUGGCUCCCUCUCACCGCCAUGAACAAGGUUGCUGAGGUGCUGGGCGUCGCUCCGAUGAGGGUGUACGAAGUGGCGACGUUUUAUACCAUGUUUCAGCGUCAGCCUGUGGGAAAGUACUUCAUUCAGGUCUGCACAACAACACCGUGCAUGCUCUGCAACUCCGACAGCAUCCUGGAGGCCAUCCAGAACAAACUGGGUAUUAAGGUCGGAGAAACCACUGCGGACAAGAUGUUCACUCUAAUAGAAGUGGAAUGCCUGGGCGCCUGUGUGAACGCUCCCAUGGUCCAGAUCAACGACAACUAUUAUGAGGAUCUUACGCCUAAAGAUAUCGAGAAUAUUAUUGAUGAACUGAAGGCAGGAAGAGUCCCAGCACCUGGACCAAGGAGCGGCCGUUUCUCGUGUGAGCCUUCAGGCGGACUGACGUCCCUGACAGGACCUCCUACAGGACCAGGAUUCGGUGUAAGACCGGACCUGUAGACAUACUUGAGCCACUUGAUCAAAUUCUUUGGAAGGAUUUUGACCCCUGUGCUAUUAAUAUUCUGUAAAUAAAAUGUUAAUGUACCCGUUG